UUUUUUCUUUUUAACCCAAAUUAAACAUGCUACUGUGCUUCGCCCUAUAAGCAUCCUAGGAGCCUGUGCUUGCCAAUCAAUUGGAACAGUGAAACAGAGCCACAGCCUGCGCAGGAGUGGAGACCUUCAGUCUCGCUUUAUUUCUGGAUACCGAGGGACCUCUCUACCAUGUCAUAUCCACAAUUUGGAUAUCCAUACUCGUCUGCUCCACAAUUCCUGAUGACAACCAACUCUCUUACCACUUGCUGCGAGUCCACUGGUAGAUCCAUAGCGGACUCCGGGGUAGCGGCGUCUGGACAGACACCUGUCUACUGUCCCGUGUAUGAGAGCCGGCUGCUGGCCACGGCGAGGCACGAACUGAGCUCCGCGGCCGCGCUAGGCGUGUACGGCAGCCCCUACACCGGUGGUCAGGGCUAUGGAAAUUAUGUUGCAUACGGGACAGACGCGUCGGCUUUCUACUCGCUGGGUACUUUUGAUACUAAAGAUGCUGCAGCUUCUGCGCAUGCGGGAAUCACACAAGCAACUGCUUACUACCCUUAUGAUCCUACCUUGGGACAGUACCAAUAUGACAGAUACGGUUCUAUGGAUGGGGGCACAAGGCGAAAGAACGCUACCCGCGAGACCACCAGCACCCUGAAGGCCUGGCUGCAAGAGCACAGGAAGAACCCGUACCCGACCAAAGGGGAGAAGAUCAUGCUAGCCAUCAUCACCAAGAUGACCCUGACACAGGUCUCCACCUGGUUCGCGAAUGCCCGCAGGAGGCUGAAGAAGGAGAACAAGAUGACGUGGCCGCCCAGAAACAAGGGCUCAGAGGAGAAGAGAUAUGAUGAGGAUGAGGAGGGGUCUCAGGAGGGGCAGAUAAAAAGCGAGAAUACCGAUGAUGACACCAGAAGUCGAGCUGAUAAGGAACUCCAGCUGAGCGACCUGGACGAUUUUGACACGCUCGAGUCUGAAAGCUCUGAGUGUGAGAUGAAGCAUCGGUACCACAUGAACACGCACAUGUCGACGACAAGCGACUGCUCCGCCGAGCACCUCAUUAAGAACGCGUCUCUGAAGAUCUCUGUUCCGGUGCCUCUCGGCGGGGAGCAGGACUUGGGUAAAACCUGCAUCAAAACGAGUCCGGAGGACUUCCAGCCGGACAGCAUGCAGCAGCAGCAGCAGCAGCAGGCUAAGUCGUGCUACACUCAGCAGCAGCAGCAGGGUCACCAAUUAUUAGACGGCAAGCCUCGAAUCUGGUCUUUGGCACAGACAGCAACGUCCCUGAACCAGACUGAAUAUCCGUCCUGCAUGCUGAGGUGCCAGGCGCCGCCCUCCUCACUCACCGAGUCCCCCGCCGCCACUUCCCCCGUCACCGUCUUGGACAACCGGCAGGACUCGCCGGUCACCACGCUGAGGAACUGGGUGGACGGGGUUUUCCACGACCCCCUGUUCAGGCACAGCACUUUGAGCCAGGCUCUGACCAACACGACCGUCUCCUGGACCACGAACACCAAAGGCAGCGUGCUGGAGGCGGAGAGGAGUGCGGCCGCCUUGCAGCAGCACCAAGACCCGCCCAAAGACAGUGCCAUGAGUUUCCCAAAAACUAUCAACAAACUUUUUUGCUCCUAACGUAACUAACUCACAGAUAAAGACUUCUUUUGGGACAAAAAAAAAAAAAAAACCGAG